UGUCUGCGCCGCUACAGUGCACGUGUGGGGUUUCGGGCUUGCAUUUAUUUCUUAGCUAACAGAUAAUCUAUCCACAAUGGGGAAAAAGUUAAAAGUCGGAAAGACUCGUAAAGAUAAAUUUUAUCAUUUAGCAAAGGAAACAGGAUACAGAUCCCGUUCCUCCUUUAAGCUAAUCCAGCUGAAUCGUAAAUUCCAUUUUCUGCAGAAGGCCCGUGCUCUUUUGGACCUGUGUGCUGCUCCAGGAGGAUGGUUACAAGUAGCAUCCAAAUUCAUGCCCGUGUCCAGUCUGAUCAUUGGCGUGGACUUGGUGCCCAUCAGACCCAUCCCCAAUGUAGUCACCCUACAGGAGGACAUCACCACAGAGAAGUGCAGACAGGCUCUCCGGAAAGAGCUGCAAACGUGGAAAGUGGACGUGGUGCUGAAUGACGGUGCCCCAAACGUCGGAGCUAACUGGCAGCAUGACGCCUUCUCACAGGCACACUUGACCCUAAUGGCACUGAAGCUCGCCUGUGAGUUUCUCAACAAAGGAGGAACUUUCAUCACCAAAGUUUUUCGCUCCAAAGACUACCAGCCACUCAUGUGGAUUUUCCAGCAGUUCUUUAAGAAAGUGCAGGCCACCAAACCUCAGGCAUCUCGUAACGAGUCUGCUGAAAUCUUUGUUGUCUGCCAAGGUUUCCUCGCUCCUGACAAAAUCGAUAACAAAUUUUUCGACCCAAAGCAUGCCUUCCAAGAGGUGGAGGUCCAAGUAAAGACAGUGAAGGAGUUAACAACAUCGAAGAAGCCUAAAGCAGAGGGCUACUCUGAUGGAGACCUGACCCAGUAUCACAUGUUCUCAGUUUCUGCGUUUUUACGAGCUGAGAACCCAGUGGACUUCCUGAGCAAAGCCAGUGAGAUCACUUUUGAUGAUCCAAAGCUGGAGUUUCACACAGCCACCUCUUCUGAAAUUAAAGAAUGCUGUAAAGAUAUCAAGGUCCUUGGAAGAAAAGAACUGCGUGUCUUGCUGUCGUGGAGAUCAAAGCUGAGGAAGUAUUUAGCUAGAAAGCUGAAAGAAGAAGCAAAGUACUUGGACAAAGAGCUCAGUCUGAGCUCCAGUGAUGAUGAAAGUGAUGCAGAGCCGAAGAAGAAGAAGAAGAACAAGGAGGAGGAUGUGGAUAAGAAAGAUGAUGAUGAAGAUGAGGACGAAGAUGAGGAAAUGGAGAAGCAGCUGGCUGAGCUGAAGGCUGAGGAGUUUGCGGAGCUUAAGCGGAAAAAGAAGAAGCUCCUGAAAGAGCGACGGAAGCAGAGAGAGCGAGUGGAGCUGAAGAUGGACUUGCCUGGAGUUUCCAUCGCUGACACCGGAGACUCAAGCAUGUUCUCUCUCAACGCCAUCAGUAAAGCCAAGAACCUGAAUGAGCUCAUGCUGGGUGAUAUGUCAGGAGCAGAUGCCUUGGUGGAUGAUGAAGGAGAGGAGGAUGUGCACAUUUCUGAAUCAGAGAGUGACCUCAUCUCUCUGGCUUCAGACCUGGAUGAGGACGACCUGGCCGAGAUUGAAGAAAAAGAGGCGAUGAUGAAGCCUCCAAAGAAAAAGGUUUCCUUUACUGUGGUGGAGGAGGACGAGGAUGAAGAGGAACAGGGGAACAACCUGCUGGUAGAUUUGGAGGAAAAGAAUGAAAAGCAAGACAGACAGACCAGCAUGUGGUUUAGUAAGGACAUCUUCUCAGAGCUUGACCUCGAUGGAGACAAAGAUGCAGUGAGGGAACUUGAACAGUCCCAGUUCCUGCACAACAAACAGGCUGCAGGAAAGGGCAAAAAGAGGAAGGCUGAAAAGAAACCAGAGUCUGAUCAGAAUGAGGAUGAAGAGGAGGAGGCACCUACACAGUCUCAGGAAGCAGAAGGAGAAGCAGGAGAUGAUGAGAGUGAUGAUGACUCGGACAGUGACAGUAGCAAUGAUGAAGAAGAAAUAGCAAGGAUGAAAAACAAGUCUGGUUCUGGUGAAUUACAUGGAGAUGAUGACAACUUUCAAGUAGUCCCUGUUGAGAGCACGAGUAAGCGUGCUCGGAUCCUGGACGCUGAAGGUCUGGCCCUCGGUGCUCAGAUCGCCACAUCCAAGAAGAGACGCAGGGACCUGAUAGACGACUCCUUUCACAGGUUCUCCAGUUCGCAGGAGACUGGCGAGAUUCCAGUGUGGUUCUUAGCGGAUGAGAGGAAGAACAGGAAGAAACCCAUCCCUGUCACACGAGAGAUGGUGGAGGAGUACAAGCAGAAGUGGAAGGAGAUCAAUGCACGUCCAAUUAAGAGACUGGCAGAGGCCAAAGCUCGCAAGAAGAGAAGGAUGCUGAAGAAGAUGGAGCAGGCCAAGAAGAAGGCUGAAGCAGUAGUCAACACCGUGGACAUCUCCGAAAGAGAGAAAAUGGCACAGCUCAGAAGCAUCUACAAGAAGGCUGGUGUGGGUAAGGAAAAGAGGGAAGUGACCUACGUUGUGGCUAAAAAGGGCGCAGGGCGUAAAGUCCGCCGUCCCCCUGGAGUGAAGGGAGUCUUCCGCGUGGUGGACUCACGAAUGAAGAAAGACCUCCGUGGCAAGCAGCCUGGUGAUCAAAGGAACCAGGCAAAAGGGGGUAGGAAAGGAGGGAAAGGUGGAAAGCGGGGAAAGGCUGGUAAGGGGCAUUCAAACAGGAAGUGAGGGGGGAAACAUGAGCAUGAACUUCUCAUCACACUCAGUUGGGACUGCUGUGAAAAAGCUGAACUGUGCUAGCACCAAACUACAUGGACUCUGUGCACAGGAUGUAUGUGUGUGUGUACAUGGACUCUGUAUGUGGUGAUAUCAUCACAGAAUAUUUAUUUUGUUCCGAUUUGUGGUCAGUUUCAUGUUUUCUGAAGUGACCAUAUUCUCACACAGAACCUUAAAUCUGGUCAUUUGAGUGUUUUCUUGCUUAAACACAACUGAUUAUUUUGACCAUUUUUAUAGGACACUCUUGCAGGAGCAAAGGCAACAGUUACAGUUUAGCUGUAACAUUUACAAAGAAUUUGUACCCCAUCCGAAUUGUAUGUACUUUUUUUAUGGAUUUAUUGUUAUUAUAGAAAUAAUUAGAAAUUAAGAUCAAAUAAUGUCUGCAGAUGUGCCAAGAUCUUCACUUCUUCAGGUAAAACAGCUGUCACAGAUCGUUAUGGGAGGAAAACAUGAAAAUCUACUUCAUCUGAUUUAAAGACUUCUGGGUAAUAAUAAAAACAUGCUUGUGUUUUCCACCUGAUGCCUCAAAGCUAAAUGAUCGGAGGAGUUUUGAUUUGUUGUAAAAUAUUUUGUCUAAAAUGUUCUUUGGACUGUUGAGUCAGUGGAACUGUACAGUCACAGUUUCAUAUCAGUAUUGUCAACAAUGUAAUUAAAUAUAAUGAUCAAA